GUUUUUUUUCGGGGCUUAAUUGUGAACUCUUGUCCUUCAUCCUUAGAAAAAAAAACCACCUCCUGUGGUGCAGCAUCACUGAGCGGACAAAUAUUCAGUGACAGAAGCUGGUAUUUUUGGAGGGGUGAGGAGAGGAGGAUGCUAUAAUCCAGCGUCCCCCUCCCUCCUCCCACAUCACGUAGCUGGCUGAUUUCACUUUUCAUUUCACACACACCCCUCCUUCUCUGAUCCACCCUGCCAUCCUGGAGACUCCCUCUCCACCCAUCCAUCCAUCCGUCUAUCUAUCCCUGCACACUGCGCUGGAACAACAACAACUCUCUCGUCUCUUCUGGAUAUUCCCGAAUUUCUUUUUGUGUCAGACGCGAUUUUCAGCGCUCGUCUGCAGACACGUCGCGGCGGUGGAGGAGAUGCUCGCUGUCGUGUGAUGCCCAUUUGUUUUUGCACCUGAGGAAGAAAGGGAAGGAGGAGGGGGAAAAAAAACCGUUUCCACUAUGUCAAAGCCAGGGACGAUCCGACUGUGUUGAGACAGGCGCUGGAAUAACAGAAAUAAAUAAAGGUGUAACAACAGGGAGCACGCACAAGACCGGACCACAAACAGAGGCUUCAUCUUACUGUCAGCAUGGCUGUGAACAUGAUGCCAUGUCCCGCCAUUUGGCCAGGGGAGGAACAACCAUCGCUGUUGGAUGAGGAGGGCUCUCUAGCGAGCCAAGCCCCCAUCUCUGAGCCAUGCCUUCCAGUCAGAGCCGAACAAAUCACCCAGAGCAGCAGCAGCAGCCCGGCCGGCACAAGGCCUCCCCGCAGCAAAUCCAAAGGAGAACUAGUCAUAGUCAUCAACGAGAAGCUGAAGAACAGUAACGGGAUCCACUCGGCGCCUGCGGAGAGCACCUCGCCGGUAAUCUCCUCUCCCCCCAGAAGACAGCACUCCAUCUCUUACCCCCAUCAUCACGGCAAGACCAGGAAGGGGAGCAGGGCGAGCUCCAUCGGCUACACCGCCUUCUCGCCCAGGCCGUCGCUUUCCCGCCACUCCAGCAUCGCCACCAACCCGCCCUUGGACCGGACCAAAGUUAAAGACUACCUCCUGCUCUCUGUGCUUGCCUGCUUCUGCCCCGUCUGGCCCAUAAACAUUGUGGGAUUUGUCUACUCCAUCAUGUCCAAGAACAGUCUCGAGCAGGGGAACCUGGAUGGCGCCGUUCGUCUGGGACGUGUGGCCAAGAUGCUCUCCAUGGUGUCACUAGUAGGAGGGACGGUCAUUAUCAUCGCCUGCAUUGUCAACCUGGCCAUAAAUGUGAAAACCUGAGUUUCAUCCCGGGAUGAAACCGGAUAAGGCUACUGACCGUCUGGCCCGCACCUGCACCACCGUCUUUACCGCCUAGUCAUUACCUGGAUGUGUGACAAAUAUGCACCCGAUAUUAUACAGUGCUUACUUAUAUUUCUGUCAAUCUAUAUAAAUCCCUUUUGCUAAUGGAUGAAAAAUAAAAUAUGCAAAUGCUGCUGCUCUGAGUCAAGGGGAGGGGGAGGGGAAGGGAGGGGUUUGUCCGUCUGAUGUUGGAUGGAGAAGGGAGAAGACAGUCUAAUCAGUCCCUUCGUAUUCUGGCCGACACAUUCAGAACGAUCCUCAAGAACUCUUGGCCAUCAUCACCCGCAGGACUGACUCAGACGAGGUGGACUGGAAAAUGUAGGCCCCCCGCCCUCCCCCGUGGAGGUGGUGAUGGGCAGCAUUGCCUCAUAGCAAGUCCCAAACAAAAUGUCCGCCAAGUCCAUCCUCCACUGCACCGAUGACAGGGCCGCAUCAGACUUCCAGCUUGCCGUUAAAUCCCCUCGGACACGUGGAGGGGGCUCUGGGAUUUGCGUUGCGUUGGACUCACAGAGAAAUUUCACCCACUUCCCCUUCACAGAGAUGAAACACUUUCGAAUCACUGUACGUCCUCCACGUUUCAGACUCUCUCCUCUGUGUGCUCAUCAUGACUUCCAUGCCAUACGUCUUGUCUUUGACUGUACGGGUGGCAAGAGAGGAUGAAAAAGAGGCUUACCAAGGACUGGCUGUGGGUGCUAAAACGGAAGGGGAUUAUGGAAAGUCUCACACAAGAAGGCAGAGUCACCACUGCGAGGAAAAAUAUGUGCCAAAAAAAGAAUUUAGAGGGAAAGUUGUCUUGCUUUUUUUUUCCGAAGACCCAACCCUGACCACAGAAUUGCUGUUGUAGAAAGGAACAUCCGGGUGUUUUUACUCUGCCGCACCUUUACUGUGUAUCUGCUCGACACCACUGACCACUGUGAGCUGGAGGGCACAUGUCCACGUAAGAAAAUAUAAAUGACGUAUGUAGCAAGAUACAGUGCAAGCUAAGCUAAGCCAUGCUACGUCAUCUAUAACCUAAUCUUUUUGAUAAUGUUUGUAAAACAGUUUCGUAAUGGGAUGCUUUGGAGUGCUGUGCCGCAGUUGACAGAUGGCGGUAGUAUUGUGUGCUAAUGGGCUUCACUAUUUGGUUAACAAAUGAUAAGAGCUUGUUGCUGCAUCCACAGGGAGCCUGUACUUUCAAACCAGACAGAUUGUGGCACUUUCACCCUUGAAAACAGAGAUCAACAACUGAAUAUCUGCCCAUUAUGUUGUCACACACAGCAGGACGCUGUCUUGUGAUGGUUAAUUUCUAAAACUGGUUCAUGGGACCACGGUUUUAUGGGUUUGAAAUAUGAAUAGAACUAAAACCUGAUUUAUUAUUAUUAUUAUUAUUAUUAUUAUUAUUAUUAUUAUUAUUAUCUCCUGUGUAUCCUCAACUAACCUCUUUAUCUACCUGUGCUUCUCACUGUGAUCUGAAACAACUGGGAUUCAUCGAGAAUGGAUCAAACUCUCCUUAUUUAUGAUUUUAUUGUGGUUUUUGAAUCAUGUACAGAAACGCCACAAUUUCUCAUGAGUUCAAACCUGCAGACUAUUUUCUGUACUGAUUAAUAUGGCUUUUCUCCCCCCCCUCUGUUAGUACUUAAUAUGUACAUUUAAUUGUAAUCAACAGUCGAUGUGUUCUGCAGAUAUAAACCUCAAUAUUGUGAUAAUUCUCUAGUUGAUAUGAGUUAGCAUUUAAGUAGUUACGAUCUGAAGUAGGCACAGAAACUGUCGGCUAGCCUCCCGGCAGGCGUUGUAUUACCACCUGGCUUCUAUAAUCUCUGUGGUUAUUGGCAUGUUGUGCUUUUUUUUUUUUUUUUAAAUUAAUGUGUGAUGAUAGAAGUUGAAAAUUACGAAGAAAAGCUGGCACUCGGAAUAUUAUGACUUCUGCAGCACAUUCAUAAUAAAGACACAAUGCAUGCAACAUGUUCUCGUUGUUGUUUCCAAAGGGAUAAAGAGCAGCGGUGGAGAUUAAAGAGAUUUCGGUUUUGUCGGGAGAGA